UAUGUGGAUGACACCUUCGUCGUCAUCGAACGGGAUCAGAUGCUCACAUUUAAAGAACGUCUUAACAGCGUCUUCUCGGACAUCCAAUUCACGAAGGAGGAGGAAGAGAACAACCAGCUGGCCUUCCUUGACCUUCUCGUCUGUCGCAAAGGUUGUGGUGGAAUAUUACUGGGAGAUAAUAAUGAUAACUUCGCGAAACGAGAAGCUGUCUUAGUAGAUAGUGAAAAGCUCUCAAAAUCCUAG